AUGUCACUUCCCCAAAGCAUCAUUGAGGAAAUCACCUACAAUACAGAUGGCUCUGUUGCCAUAAUCAAAUUCAACCGUCCUUCAAAGCUCAAUGCCUUUGGACAAAACCAUUAUAGACGGAUCAUGGACCUCCUCAACCUUGCGGAAAAUGACCCAAACAUCAUUGCCACAAUCUUGGUAUCGCUGGGGAAGUUCUUUUCUGCUGGGGCCGAUACCAGCAUCGGAUCAUUUAUCGCAUCGAUUCAACAACUGGAAACCGACGAAUUGUCAAAGAGGGGGAAAUUGGAACUGUUCCUUAAAGAAACCUUCCUUGCUAAUAACACCAUGAUGGUCGACGCAUUCACUCGGCAUAGUAAGAUCCUCGUGGCGGCGCUUAAUGGACCAGUGAUCGGUCUCAGUGCGGCGUUGGUGAUGCUAUGCGAUAUCAUCUUGACCAAUGAUUUGGACGACGUUUACAUGUUGUUCCCGUUUGCUACGUUGGGACUUGUCAGUGAAGGUGCUACCUCGGUGACCUUGUUCCAAAGAUUAGGGGUGACCAGAGCCAAUGAGGCAUUAUUGUUAUCCAGAAGAAUCCCGGGAAGAGAAUUAAAAGAAGCCGGGGUGGUGGUCACUUCAUUCAGCAAUGAUAAGAACAAGCUCGGGACAGAAGAGUUCAACGAGGCGGUGAUUAAUAACAUGAAGUCAAGACUACAAGGGUUGAAUUUCGACUCAAUAAAAUUGAUCAAGAAACUAAUCGGAGACAAUUGGAGACAAAAGAUCGAUUCUAGUAACAUCAAUGAAGGAGUUGAAGGUUUAAGACGUUUUUUAACUGGAAUACCGGGCGAAAAGUUCCAACAGCUUGCAAAGCGUCAAUUAAAACAUAAAUUGUAA